UUGAAUUUAAUUUAAAUAAAAAGUAUUGUGAUUUAUUGUUAUUAUUAUGAUCACUGUUAUUAAUUGUUAGAAAUAAUGACAUCAAUAUUACUCCCUAAGUUUCUAUUUCAAAAAAUAUGACCACUUUACGAUUUCACAAAAAAGUGACCCGUCCCUGUACGAGACCCAGAUCUACGCAUCGUAACUUCUUCCCUCUCGUCACAGGCUUAGAGCUCCAGCCAGGUCUUCCUCUCCCAGAUCAGAAAAGCUAGAUCCUCUUAUCCGCGCUCCACCAUUACAGCUCAGUCGAAGAUCGAGCAAAGCUUCUCUCUUCUCCCAUGGCCUCGUCUUCCCCUCCCAGAUUGGACAAAUUCCUCUCCUGCUCUUCUCCGUUGCUGCUCUGCGAUGAGGUUCCAAAUUUGGAUCUCCAUUACCAGACUACGUUGUUGUUUCCGAUUACCAGACUUUCUUUGGACGGGAAUAGUAUGGUCACUUGCUUGCUUUGUUGUUCUCCUCCUCUACAUCACCGAUACUUCAUGGCAUCAACAACUACAAGGUUGAUAAUUGAUGCUACGGUUUCAAAUUGCAAACAUGGACUGAAAUUUCUUCUCCUCCCAAUUUCUGCAUCUAUGGUGACAUCUCGGUUGAUAUGUAAAUCCGACGCGACGGUGGGAGUUGACAACGGCGCAGGAUGCAAUGGACAAUAAGGGCUUUGCAGUUCCGGUGGCAGCAUUGACUUUGAGAGCUGGGCGAUUUGGCGGCGACGACUCCGGUGACUUGGGUAACAAUUAGUGUUACAGAGGGCUGCUGUGUGGGUGGGGAUAGUGCAGGGGCGGGUGGACUGAUGGUCACUGAAUAAAUCCGCCGCAGAUCUGGAAUUUUGGCUUAGGGAGACAAGGGUU